AGCUUAUGCACAACAUCAGGAAAGAGGAUCAGUGCAGUGAAGACGUGUCGAGAGAUCCCGAUCCUCAUGAUUUCACCUGAACUUCAGCCACUGCUUCCAUGAGGGAAUGUGAAAGAGAUCCGAGGAUGAAGCGUGUUUCGAUGCGGAUUAAAUGUCUCGGAUGAACACAUUGGAUGUCCUUCUCAUGUGUUGGCAUUGCUUCAUUACUCCUGGAGUUUGCCCCCGUCGUCCCGCAGCAUGGCCGGCAGCGAGCGCUCAGGGAAGUCCUCGUUCUGGCCCUCGCUCGGCAGCUUCCGGCCGCGGCAGGAGCGGGUGAUGCUGUCCCGCAGCGAGAGCACGCCGGGAGAGCCGGUCCUGAAGAUCACCAUCACCGAGACCACGGUGAUCGAGGACGACGCCGGCGUGUGGAACUCCAGGGCUCUCACGUACCUGGCGCUCUGGUACUUCUUCAGCUUCUGCACGCUCUUCCUCAACAAGUACAUACUCUCGCUGCUGGAGGGAGAGCCGAGCAUGCUGGGUGCCGUCCAGAUGCUCUCCACCACUGUGAUUGGCUGUGGUAAGAUGCUGGUGCCGUGUCCGCUUUACCAGCACAAGUCCCGCGCCGAAUACCCCUCCAACUUCAUCAUGAUCAUGCUGUUCGUGGGACUCAUGAGGUUCACGACUGUAGUUCUGGGUUUGGUCAGUCUGAAGAACGUGGCCGUGUCGUUCGCGGAGACGGUGAAGAGUUCGGCCCCCAUCUUCACCGUCAUCAUGUCCCGCCUCAUACUGGGAGAAUACACAGGUUUCUGGGUGAACGUGUCUCUGAUUCCUGUGAUGUUGGGUCUGGCGCUCUGCACUGCCACUGAGAUCAGCUUCAACAUGCUGGGAUUCUCCGCCGCGCUCUCCACCAACAUCAUGGACUGCUUACAGAAUGUGUUUUCCAAGAAGCUGCUGAGUGGGGACAAGUAUAAGUUCAGUCCUCCAGAGCUGCAGUUUUACACCAGUGCCGCCGCUAUGGUCAUGCUCGUUCCCGCCUGGAUCUUCCUGAUGGAUCUGCCGGCCAUCGGGAAGAGCGAGCGCAGCUUCAGUCUCUCUCAGGACGUGGUUCUGCUUCUGCUGUUCGACGGCGUCCUCUUCCACUUGCAGAGCGUCACGGCCUACGCGCUCAUGGGCCGCAUCUCACCCGUAACAUUCAGUGUGGCGAGCACCGUGAAGCACGCGCUGUCCAUCUGGCUGAGCAUCAUCGUGUUCAGUAACUCCAUCACUGUGGUGUCUGCGGGCGGGACGGUGCUGGUGUUCGUGGGAGUCCUGCUGUAUAACAAGGCCAAGCAGAUGCAGAGAGACACGCUGGUCCAUCACGCUCUCAGCCAAUCAGCGGAGGCCGAGCUCAAGCACAUGACUCACGACGGCGUCACGUCUGCCAAAUGAACCUGCGUUUCUUUAAAGGGAUAGUUCACCC